AUGUUUUUGCCUCUGCUACCGUCUUUGGUCUUGUCUUCAUCCCGUCUCGACUUGUCCCGGCGUGGUCUCAUCUUGGGUAACCUUCAUUCCUCCAUGGAGCGACCGGCAUACCCGGCAGGCCGCAUCUGCACACAUUACACACUACAUUGCCCCAAGCUCACGAUGUCUCUCAGAUCUACAAGUAUAUCAAUCUAUGUUUUGGGCUGUCUGCGCCAGAUAUCACGAUGCCAGAUCGCCGAUUCUACGCCAGCGAUUCAUGUCGCAAUGGAUCCCAGCGAGCACCCUGACAACCUAGUCCGGGUAGCCGUGCUGCGAUCCACGACACUGUCACGGCCCGAGAAAAAACGGCAACUCCAAGCCUGA